ACAACUACAAGUACAAGCUCGAUCCCGAGGAGUUCGUAGAGGAAUAACAAUAAUAGUAAUAAUGCCUGAUCGGUUGUGCUGUGCGUCUUGUGGCAGCAAGGCGAGACGUUUGAAGCUGGUAUCUUGUUUGCACGCAAUUUGUAUAGCGUGUCUGGAGAAGCUCGUUACAUUUGAUGGACGAGUUCAUUGUCCGAAGUGCUUCGCCAAAACGCCAACGCCAAGGUCACCGGCGUCUUCAUUACCGGACAAUUACCCAAAGAUGACGACACCAGGACAGAGCUCAUCAAGCAGUGAGCCGGAACCGGUAAUGUGUGACGACUGCGCUGAAGAUGAACCUGCCACGGCUAGCUGUGCAGACUGUGGAACGAACCUGUGCAGCGCUCACGCCGUUGGCCACCCACUCUUUAGGGCAACACGUAAUCAUAAAGUGGCAUCACUGACUGCUGAGCAAGAGAAGAACGUCCCAAGAACCACUAAACUACAGCACCAUUGUGCUUUUCACCCCACUCAGGUGUUGAGCAAAUACUGUUUUCCAUGUGACCAGCUGGCAUGUCAGCAAUGCCUGGACACGGGCGCUCACAGAAAACCCGAACAGAAACACCAACUUGUGCCCAUUCAGAAUGCUGUGCAAGAGAUGCGCCAAACUGUCGACACAAACUUCAGCAGUUGCUUGCCAGAUGGGGACAGGCUGAUCUCCGCUGCACUGGAUAAAGUAAAGAAAGAGAUGGAUUGUGUGAAUGAAGCUGCGGAGUAUGCCUCAAAGGAGAUCAUGGAACAAUUCCAGCAGCUGAAGAUGGCUUUGGAUUCUAGAGAGCAGACUCUCCUGGAGGAGGUGGACCAACUGAGGAACAAGAAGCUUGCGCUACUGGAAAGCCAGGUGGCUCGGCUAGAGGACGGGCUUGAAGUACAUCAGGCUGCGUCAGAGCUCUCGCAAAACUGCGAUGACGACACUGACUUUGUGAAGAUGGCCCAUUGGCUGAACAAUGCAGUUGAUCGCAGGAAAGCUGUGGAAGGAACUGAUCUCGAGCCAUGCGCAAGAAGUCAGAUAGUUUUCGGUCGUGAUAACGCACCAGAAGUCGCUGGUCAGAUUGGCAAUAUCGGCACCAUCGAGGAUUUUGCGGACUUCACCGACGGAUUAGCAGCUCACAUUGAAAAUGCUCGUGUGAAUGCGAACCUGAAGAUUGUGAUCAAGAGAAAUGUGCCGUCAGGCCUGUCUCAGGAGUGUAUCAAUCGUCUUCGUUUCAACAUUUCUGUUCACGAUGAAGACAGCAUGGAACUACCCACUACACUGCUGAAAGAAAUUUCAGGAGAACGCCUUGAGCUGACACGCACACAGCUUUCAACUGCAGGUCAGCUCGCAGUAUCCGUACAAUAUGCAGAAGCGCACGUGCAGGGCAGCCCAAAGGUUAUCAAUAUAAAGCCGACUUUCGAUCCGAACCGUUGCCACGGAGAUAUAACUAUAAGCAACAACGAACGCACAAUAAGGAAGAGUGUACUAGGGAGUUCUCCCAGGGCUACUUGUUCGUCACUGAUAACAGCCAAGCAUGGUACAAGCUGUAUUCGAGUAAGAAUAGACAAGACAAGUCACCAGUUUGGUGAUGUGCGCAUUUGUGCUUGCUCAUCCGCUGAGCCACGACUGGAGACAUUACAUGACACAAAAGCGGAGAUAUUUGGCUGGCGUGGGUAUGUACCAGAUCCUAAAUGUAAUGGUGGUCGACUUGGACAGCAGUGGAAAACCGGUGAUAUCAUCUCUCUGGAGCUCGACCAUGACAAUCAAACGUUAACCGGUCAUCACGAGCGCACUGACAGCAGGGAGGUACUUCACGGUGUCACCGGUAUACACUGCUGGUAUGUUGCCCUGUGUCAACACGGUAAUCAAGUCACGAUACUGUAGACAGUCAACUGCUGCCUGAUACUAGCCCUUGUAUAAUUUAAAAUUAAAUUUUAAACGAGAGUGCAUGCAUGCAUGUACUCAAUUUUCUUAGAACCUUUGCAUUUCGCAAAACACUGCAUACGUACCUGGGGCAGCCUAUGCCUUAGCUUGAGUUCAGUUUAGCUAAGUCAAGUCACGAUUCUGUAGACAAUCAACUGCUGCCUGAUACUUGAAUAAUUUAAAAUUAAUUUUUAAAAGGGAGUGCAUGUAUGGAUGUACUCAAUUUUCUCAGAACCUUUUCAUUUCGCGAAACACUGUAUCCGGCGUUGGGCAGCCUAUGCCUUAUCUUGAGUGCAUGUUACCUACAUGUAAGUCCAUGCUGUCACACAUGAUCACUGUGACCUAUUCCACCUAAAGAGAGCUUCACAAAACAGCUCAACUGUAGUAAUGGUAUGCUUCUGAACUUCAAUGUACAUUGGAGGACCUAUUGCUUUGUGAGCGAAAAAUGGCUUCUUCCUUUUAUAAAUCUCUAGCUCUAUACAGCUGCCUUGUCCCCACUCGUACCCGCACAUUACUGGGCUGCUCAAGACAUUUUGCUUUUACAUGCUAUAAUAUGCUAUACAUGAUUGUUGUGCAACGUACAUGGCAUGUUACAUGCACAAACUUGCUGAAUUGCUCAUGGACUAGCGAAGCCAUUUACACUUUAUUUGUUAAAAUUGAAUUCUUUGGUUUCAUCCUGAUGCCCGAAA